AUGGCAUCCCAGAGUGAUCGAGGGGCAGGGGAUAGCCUGUUCAAAGGUGCCCGAUUCUGGUUGUCUCAGACCGUUCCCCAAAGGCUCAGAUUCAAGGAAAUGAUAGCGAAUCAUGGUGGCAUCGUGGUACUCAUGGAAAAAGAUGCCGACGUGAAGCUGGUAGAUCACGCAAAGAAAGGGAUUCCUCCCGAUACAUACUCCUAUCAAUAUGUUGAACAGUCUAUUCGCAAUGGUCGACUAGAAGACCUUGAAGCACACAAAUCUGGGGGGUCCAAACCUCGUCCAUCUGGGGCAUUUCAUAUUGCAACCAAAGGAACUAGACAAUCCUUCACUUUAAAGGAUGACCAGAUCUUGUUUGACUGGAUUACCCACAUUCAGAAGGAAGAUCCCGGGUCUCCUCUCAUGGGCAACAAAAUAUACCAGGUACUGGAAGAAAUUUUCCCUCAUCAUUCGUGGCAAUCGUGGCGUACUCGAUAUGUGAAGCAGCUGCGUGAAAGGUCUCGUCCUGGGGGUGGAGUUCCCGAACUACGCCCCGAGUUUCUGAAAGAUGUCCCAUCUGUCUCGAAGCGAAAGCGAGAUUCAGAUCUCAGCGCUGUCGAGACAACCCAGUCAACCGAUUCACCCUCAAAAAAAAGGGCGGUUGAUAUUGCUUCCAGCUUGUCUCAGUCAGUGCCUCGCUUGAAAUCCGGUAAACAACCAGAACCGGCAAAUAUGACACCAAAAGUGGCAUCAAGCACCCAACGCAAAGAUCCUGUUGACCCAUCUCCAACGGCAAAGGCACAUGGGAUUCGUGGAGACCCCAUCCCAUUCCAGGUUCCAAGUCCUUUUGCAAAUACUCGUCGUGGAAACCUUGCAUUCCCACCUCCACAAUUCAAUACUUCACAACAGCCAAUUGACACAACACAGCCACCAGCCAACACAACACACUCACCAUUUAAUUCAGUACAACCGCCAGUUAAUGCAACAGAGCCGCCAGUAAAAGUGCCGGUUAAUAAAACACAGCAGCAAGUUCCCAUUCCCCAAUCAAAGAACGAAAUACCAGUCCUCAUUUCUCGCCCAAGGGGAGACAACGCUUUUGCCCAGUCAGGUCUGUUUACGAAACAGCUGAACAAGAACAGACCUCCAGUUGAGGAUCUAUUUAAAGACCCAGUGGACGCUAUGUUCUUAGAACUACCUUUCUUCCCAUCAAGUCCAAGCCCAGAACCGAUGGACGACGACGUGAGCGACGGACCAGACGUGGACACCUGGAUUGAUGAAAGGCUUAGUCGAGGUGUUGAUGAAAGUCACGUCUUUGACGCCUUGCGCUGCACAAGCAUGGUUCCAGACAUGGCAGACAAGGUUCUACAACAGCUCGCUGCAGGGAAUGGGAUCCCUGAGGGUGUCCCUGGAGUGUGGACAGCGGAUGACGAUCGAUGUCUACAGGCCGAAGAAAGGGCAAAAGUGGAACGAGCCUUGACGAAACACGGUGCUGAUUUCGUGAAGGAACGGUGGGAGUACUACCGAAUGGCGCGGGAGACAGGCCUCAUUUAUUGA